CGUCGGGACGUCCACGCCAGCUAAUACGAUCUACACGCCUUUCUAGCAAUUCAUUUUCCCAUGCCCACGCGCAAGAGUCGAUUCACCAUGGAAGAGUGAUCUUGAGAUAGAGCCAAACAAUGCCGCCAUCGGGCCUCGCUGGGGUCAGUUCUGGUCAUUCCAACCAUCAGAAGCCGGCGUCAUCUCGUUCCCUAUUAUUGUGGCCACUAUGAUCCUCACCCACCUUCCAAACAAGCAAGGCAUCGAACCGGAGACGCUGAGACAGUAUCCAGAUGCCGACCUGUCAUGGUGUUUUGAUUUCCUUCAUGCACAUUGCCGGCUUGAAGGACCUAAUGAGGACGAAGAGCUCGGGAUACGAGACAUUCAGGACUGGUCGCUUGAAACUUACGGAGACCCAUGGCUGUGCAUGCAUUUCACCAUGCAUGGCUUUGGACAACCAGACGAUAGCACGCCACAAGAGCAUCCUCCUGCAGCAGGUUUGCGGAGGAGCAGACGCCAGAUACACACUCGUUACGCAGGCACGUUUUACGAAUGGCGGACCACAAUCGCCGUCCGUUUGGCGACGACAAAAGACAAGCACGGGAGAGUUGCGGAGUCUACUGAGGACUGCAACGUUGUCGGCUUCACUCUGGAUGACGGGGCGCACGAGCGGUGGGGAUGGCAAGAUGGAGAUUGGAGCGAUAAAACGCUUGUCUGUCCCGACGAGGCUCGCGGUGUUGCCGUGUUUCAGCGACUGCUGUGGCAUAAGUUCUCUUGGUGGCACGGAUCAUGGAAAUGCCUGUUAACCUCAUUGCGCAGAGUUAUGGAUAUAGAGGACGAGCAUUUGGCUACUGAUAAUGAAACUUUCGACCGUCUGAUGCACGACAAUGAUGCAUCUACAAAGUCGAAACAGUAUUUCACGAUUAUGAAGUUGACGAGGACUUUCAGGAGACACAUGGCUGUCACACCCCGGAACCUGGCAAUUAUGAGGGAGUACUGGACUUGUACAUUCCCAGGACACGCUUCAGAUACACCCACCCGUUUCAGCCAGCCCACACAGCAGGCAAUAAACCGGAAUUGGGACAACUUGGAGGCCCAUCUGGCUAAGCUCCACAAGGAUCUCGUUGACGCUACCCGCGAGAUAGAAGCAGAGGCAAGGGAGUCCUGGCGAGACGUAAGCCUCACAUAAAAGCAUUCGAUACAACCCGCUGCUAGUCUUUCGCUUGGCACGAACUCCUUCGAAAUUCUUUCUCUUUUGCCUGAAUUAUAUGCUAACCUGUUUGCGUGGACAAAAGUUGGCAAGCAUGAUGAGACACGAG